CGACCAUGAUCUGCAGCUCUUGCUUAUAGUGAUUCAAUUCCUUGAUUUGCCUUGUUCUAGUUUUGCCUGCUUGUUCAUGGCAAGAAAAUGGUAGUAUUUGUCGAUUUGGACGAUGAUGCUUUCAGCAACCAGCAUCAUCUUCCCGGAGGCCCCGAAGAUGUCUUGCUCCAGAGCUAUCUCACCAGGCCUGAAAAGGCAUCAUUAAUACCACCUUCGAAGCGGAUGAGCAGCUCUACUACAGAUGAAAGCUCCGUCGAUUCAUCCGAUGACCAUCUUUCAACGGACCGGUGUUCCAACCAAACUACCUUUUCAGCUGCCUUGAGCUGCUAUCCGAUUGUCGAAGAGUUGGCUCGAUGCGUGGAUCUGAAUACGCUGCAUGCCCUCUCGCAGACCUGUCGCCAAUUCCAUACGAACCUAACGCCGUACCGACAACAACUCACCAAGCGGACCCUGCGUUGCGAGAAUGAGUACAUUGAGACCUUAUCAGAUAUGCUAAAUAGCGGUGCUGCUAUUCCGGACAGCGUCAAAUCUGUUAUCCAGCUUCUUAGCCAGGGUACCGGACAAUCUGGGAGAAUGACUCGAGGGAAGAUUAGCAAAUGUGCAAGAGAUAUGGUUGGCGAGUGUCGGAGGUGCUCUAAGGUUAUCUGCAGGAAUUGCACGAUUAAAACCCCGACAAACGCCAUGCUCAAGAACCGUAUUCGUCGACUAUGCACCACUUGUCGCACUGUUCCAAUUUCCGAGCACAUAGCAUGCUCUUCCGUAUCACCAAACAUUCAUUCGCAAGAAACAGUUUCGCCAUUUGACCCCUCAAGCUUCACCGCACCGGCAUUCAUGCGCACACCAUGCGUAUGUGAGGACGCCGUCUGGCUAUGCUACCAAUGUGGACAUACCAUCCGCAGAGAAGAUACCACCUAUCGCCGGGUAUGGGCCUGGCGUACCCGGUACAGUACUCAUCUGGGCGGGUUAGGAACGGGAAUUGGUGAAGGUUGUCAGGGUGUCAAGUGCGGUCGAGGGGAGAGCUGCCUGGCGGCCCAGGAAAUUGAACUUGAGGUGGUCAGCGAGGCAGAUGAUGACCCGGAUGGGCUACAUAACCACGGGCUUCUACAGCAUGCCGGUGAUAAUACCAUAUCGACACCAGACGACGAAGAGCGGGGUUACUUCCGCCAGGAGAUUGUUGGAAUCGGAGGGAGGUUCAAGCAGAAGGUCAAGAAAAGGGUUGUGGUGGGAGCUUGUGUUCCUGAGUAUGAGGAUGAGCGUGAUACUGGACGAUAUCUGAUUCGAGAAGAGGAGGGUAAGCACCGGGGUUGGUGUGGGUGGUGUUGGAGAGUGAUUCCAGCUAAGAAUGAGACUAUAUAGAUAACUAUAACGCAUGAUAGAUUGAUAGACUGUAUAUAUAAUCCAAUCACUUUCAUUUACUACG